GCGGGCCUUGUGCCUCGUGCCUCCUCCCUGCGCCGCGCGUCGAGAAGGAGCUGCGUAGAGUUGAAAUGGCGGAGACGGGUGACGGGAUGGAGGUGUCCCAGGGGGAGAGCUCAGCGAAGCCUUCAGCGGAAGACAUGACUUCUAAGGAUUAUUAUUUUGACUCUUAUGCCCACUUUGGGAUUCAUGAGGAGAUGCUGAAGGAUGAAGUGCGCACGCUGACCUACCGCAACUCCAUGUUCCAUAACAAGCAUCUGUUUAAGGACAAGGUGGUGUUGGAUGUAGGCAGUGGAACAGGGAUCCUGUGCAUGUUUGCUGCAAAGGCUGGGGCAAAGAAAGUCAUUGGGAUUGAGUGCAGUAGUAUAUCGGAUUAUGCUGUGAAGAUCGUGAAAGCCAAUAAGCUGGAUCAUAUUGUGACCAUUAUCAAGGGAAAGGUUGAGGAGGUGGAACUUCCUGUGGAGAAGGUGGACAUCAUCAUUUCGGAGUGGAUGGGUUAUUGCCUCUUCUACGAAUCCAUGCUCAACACGGUCAUUUAUGCCAGAGACAAAUGGCUGAAACCUGACGGCCUCAUAUUUCCCGAUCGAGCUACUUUGUACAUUACGGCCAUUGAGGAUAGGCAGUACAAGGACUACAAGAUCCACUGGUGGGAAAAUGUGUACGGCUUUGACAUGUCCUGCAUUAAGGAGGUUGCCAUCAAGGAGCCCUUGGUGGAUGUGGUGGACCCCAAGCAGCUGGUCAGCACCGCUUGUCUCAUUAAGGAGGUGGACAUCUACACAGUGAAGACUGAAGACCUGUCCUUCACGUCGCCAUUCUGCCUACAGGUGAAAAGGAACGAUUACAUCCACGCCCUGGUAACCUACUUCAACAUCGAGUUUACAUGCUGCCACAAGCGGACAGGCUUCUCUACAAGCCCAGAGUCUCCCUACACGCACUGGAAGCAGACUGUGUUUUACCUGGACGACUACUUGACGGUGAAGACCGGAGAAGAAAUCUAUGGCACGAUCCACAUGAAGCCAAACGUGAAGAACAACCGUGACCUGGACUUCUCUGUGGACAUCGAUUUCAAGGGCCAGCUCUGCGAGGUGUCCUUGACCUCGGAGUACCGGAUGCGCUAGAGGCCAUUUGCAGCACAUAGCAGCGAGUCACGGGGUCGGUGUGUGCGCCGCCACAUGUCCUUAGACACACACCACUGUCAUGCGCAGCAGCAUUUUAAAAUAUUUCUUUGUUUCUGAAUAAUUUUUGUUUGAGACGUGGUUUUGUGAGUGACCCAGCAAAGCCCUUGUAGAGCAUAGUAGCCAACAGAACCAUGUUGUUUUGGUGUUAUUAGGGCCUCAGUUUAAGUGCCACAUGACACCCUCUAACCCUCACCCCAAAGCACACUUGUGUAAUGUUGAAAGUGGACACUGCUUAUGCAGCGCACACGCAGAUCCCAUCUCGCCUGUGUCGUUCUCGUCAAGUCCCGUCUCCAUUGUGAUGCCAUCUGGGUCUCUUGACAUGGUGGUAGCUUCCAGCCUCGCACUCCUCUUUAUAAUGGAUGUUCCAGUUUGCUCCAGAGUCGCCCCCCACCUCAAUGUACAUCACAUCUUGUGGGGAAGUGCUCACCUGCCGUCAUCGACUUGUGAAUUCCCUUAAACUUUAAGUGUAAGUAACAAUGAAUAGGCAUCCCAGCGAAGAACUUUGGCCUCCCCGAGGACAGGGGAAGUAGGUCUCGGUGCGUUGGGAGCCUUUCGCAGGUCUUCUACAUUUGUGGCUUGUUUAUGACACAUCCCUGUUGCGGUGUGGUCCGUCACCACUGCUUCCAUUAUGCAGGAGUCUUGCACCUGCUGCGGUUCAUAUGAGGAGACAGCAGGGGGAGCUGUCAUUAUGCGUUCCAAUAUGAAGCAUGUCAAUGGUUUCCUUAGACUGCUACGAUUGACAGUGUUAAAUAUUUAACUGCACAGUGUUGGUCAAAACCUUUUUUUAUAGAGUCGCUGGGCUGCUGCUCCGAGGCAACCGUGAAUACAGCUACCCUUUCGUGUUCCUGAACUGCAGUCCAGUGGUACCUCUUGUUGAGAGUCGAGUCGGACCUGGAAAUGUCUUGACCUGUCCUGGGGUCAUGGGUUACGCUGUAUGUUUGGUGGGUCACGUUGUAACCCUUGUGAAUUUUGACAACUUUGCAAUGACUUGUGAGAGUGCUUGGAUUGCUCCCGUUACCCUUUUUUAUUUGUCAUUAAUAUAAAAUAAAGGGGAUGAUGGUUA